AAGAAUUUAUAACCUUCAAUGGUUUUAGUAUUUUUCAAUAUUAAUAAUGUGGUCACACAAUCAUUAUAAAAGAGAGUGAGCGAGAGUUCAAGUGUGUCUUUAAGCUUCAAUACACUGAGCAACGAAUCGUAUUUUGGAACUAACCGAAAUAUCAACCAUAAAUUUUAAACGAUCAGGAAAACGAAGAUUUAACCAUUGAAAACAAAAUUUCUACCAAAGGCCGUGUGAGUUCUUUUUAUGACAACGAUGAUAGCGGUCGCCAAGUCGAUUCUGGAAUAGUCGCGAUUGCAUUCGGUAAUGGGAAUGGUACAUCAUUACCACCCACUAUUACUACUACAAUUACUGCGAAACAUCAAUUGGUCAAAUUGAACAUAAUGCGCGAAGCGCUUUUUUCUCAGGACGGUUGGGGAUGCCAACAUGUUAAUCAAGACACUAACUGGGAGGUGCCUAGCUCACCCGAACCGACCAAUAAGGAUCAAUCAGGGGGACCUCCAAUCUGGAAACCCAACAUCAAUAAUGGCACUGACUUAUGGGAAUCGAAUUUACGAAACGGAGGCCAACCGCCCGCACAACAAGUACCAAAGCCGUCGUGGGGUCACACUCCAUCAUCAAAUUUGGGUGGGACUUGGGGUGAGGACGAUGAUGGUGCGGAUACAUCAAGCGUGUGGACGGGUCAAUCGACAGGUAACACAUCAGCAUCAGCUGGAACAACUGUGGUUGGAGUAAAUGCCGCAAGCGUUGGACCAUCAGCUUCUGGCCCGCAAUGGGGACAGAACGUUGUCGGGGUUGGCGUCAAUGUCGGAUUGGGAUCAUCUGGUAAUAACAGUAGCGCCACAUCUGGAACAUUGCCUGCAGUGAGUGCAGGAUGUGGAAGUGGCGGAAACAAUAUUACGGCACCGGGAACAGUUGGAGGCAAUGUUGGUAAUGGUGGUAAUGGAUGGGGAGAUCCCCGUGAAAUUCGUCCACUGGGUGGAGGAGGUGGUCCCAUGGAUAUACGAAAUGUGGAUCCGCGUGCGGAUACAAUCGCAAUGCGGGGUGUUGGCGCCGGUCCAUCUGGGGGUGAUCCACGAGACUUACGCAUGAUUGAUCCACGUGAUCCUAUUCGAGGUGAUCCACGCGGCAUAUCAGGACGUCUUAAUGGUACGUCCGAAAUGUGGGGACACCAUCAACCAAUGGCUCACAAUCAGCAACUGCAGUCGCAGAUUAACAAAAUGGUGGGAUCAGGUGUUGGAGCGGCUGGUGGUAAUGUGACAAGCUCAAAUCUUGUAGCUGGCGCGGUAUCUAGUAAUCUUGGCGGUCAGUGGGGAUCAGCUCAAGCUGUAGUUGGUGGUCCCAAAGAUAUGACGAAACAGAUAUCUGGUUGGGAAGAGCCAUCACCACCACCACAGCGACGAAAUCUACCCAAUUAUGAUGACGGCACAUCUCUAUGGGGACAACAACAAGCUCGCGUACCUGGAGGAGGUGGCAGCAGUGCACACUGGAAAGAUAUGAACGAAACCAUGGGACGGUCACAUUUAAUGCGAACGCAAAGUUCCAGUGGCACUGUUAAUGCUAACAAUGUCCCGGUAGGUGGCAAUCCUAAUAAUCCGAUGACAAGCGUGGUAGGCCCGCAAACGCGUCUAGCUAGCGCAAUCGGUGGACCAAGUGGACAGCAUGGUAAGCCUGACGCGACUGCCAUGUGGGUGCAUCCAAGUGGUAAUGUUGCAAAUAGAAAUAGUUCUGCCGCGAACUCGUGGGGUGAAGAUGGACACGUUGGUAAUUCCGGUAAUAAUUGGAUCGAUGAUAAAUCAAGUACAGCUAUUUCACAAAUUGCUGCAAACUCGUCAAGCUCGUGGAAUGAUUCACCUGGUGGUUGGGGUAAACAACAAACGAAAUUGUCAACAAAUGCAACUACUGGAUGGAACAAUGCAAAUGCAACUGCUGGGAAUGUUGAUGGUGCUGAUCUAACAUCCGAUUGGCCUCAUGGCACUGGUCUUGUUAAUAAAACACAGCAACAGCAGCAGCAACAAAAACAACUUGGAGGUAUUAAUGUCAACGUGCUUAGUACGGAAAUGGUUAAGCAAAGCAAGCAAUUUCGCAUUUUGGUGGAAAACGGGUUUAAAAAAGAUGACGUAGAACGGGCCUUACUGAGUGCCAACAUGAACAUUGAGGAAGCAGCGGAAAUGCUGCGUGCCAAUGCGAAUUCAUCAUCCUUAGCUAUGGAGACGGGUUGGCGUCGUCACGAUGAAACGCUUGCUUCGUAUGCUGACCACUCGAAUGCAACAAGCAGUGGAGGAUUUCCACCACAACGCUAUCCUGUUGGUGGCGGAGCUCAACCUUCGAUGUCAUUUCCUCCGAAUAACUUAUUGGCUAAUAUGAGCGGCACUGGCGUUGCAGGAACCAAUAAUCCGAAUAUGGCUGCCUUACAAGUGCAAAAAUAUUUGAAUCAAGGUGUUGGGCCACAUAAUGUCUCCGUCGGUGGAGGACCUCAGUCAGUUAAUGUGAAUGCAGCAAAUGCAUCAGUCGCAUUUUGCCAACAAAACGCAUCAAAUGCGAUGUCAGCACCAGCAACAGUAAAUAUCACUUCGAAUGCGAACAAUCAACCAUCCGGUCAGCAUAUUCGUAUGUUGGGACAGCAAAUACAAUUGGCAAUACAUAGCGGAUUUAUAUCGAGUCAAAUAUUAACACAGCCUUUAACGCAAACAACUUUAAAUCUAUUAAAUCAGUUACUUAGUAAUAUAAAGCAUCUUCAAGCAGCGCAGCAAUCUCUUUCUCGUGGAAGCAAUGCUAAUCCAAUGGCUGUUAAUGUGGCCAUAGCUAAAUAUAAACAACAAAUUCAAACAUUACAAAACCAAAUCAACGCACAACAGGCUGUCUACUUAAAGCAACAAAAUUCACAACAACAACAGUCACAGCACUCAUCUGGACAUUUAAAUAACGUGUCAAAUGAUUAUUUAAGAAAUCACGAUGCAAUCGCAACUCUUCAGGGCAAUUUUUCUGAGCUGAAUCUUAACAAGCAAAGUGGAUAUCAAGGUGCACCCAAUCAGCAAUCUCGAUUAAACCAAUGGAAGCUUCCAGUACUAGAAAAGGAUAGCAUUGCUCCAGAUAACACCGAUUUCUCAAGAGCUCCCGGUACAACAAAGCAAACUCUUUCAAGCAAUUCCAACAACAUGGGAACGUUGGGCUUACAAAAUGAUGGCACUUGGUCAACUGGACGUUGCAUUGGUGAUGGUUGGCCAGAUACAUCAAAUGAUAAUGAGAACAAAGACUGGACAGUCGCUUCAACAGCGGCAGCUGCUUAUACCGAUCUAGUGCAGGAGUUUGAACCAGGAAAGCCAUGGAAGGGUUCUCAGAUCAAAAGUAUUGAAGAUGAUCCCAGCAUAACUCCUGGCAGCGUAGCUCGAUCUCCAUUGUCUAUUAAUCCGACGCCAAAAGAUGCUGAUAUUUUUGCCAACACUGCUGGCAAAAGCUCACCGACUGAACUUCCACCUCUUAGCUUGUCGUCGUCGACUUGGAGUUUUAAUCCAAACCAAAAUUUUCCUAGUUGGUCGGACAACGCUCAACAGUGUGCCACCUCAGAGCUCUGGACUAGUUCUCUAAACAAAAGCGCGUCUCGAGGACCUCCGCCUGGGUUGAGCACAAAUAAAUCUGGUGGGGUCGGUGUCACUACAGCAACUACAGUUUCAUCAUCCGCAAUUGCUGGCAGCUCCAAUGGCUGGCUACCUAAUCGUGGUAUUCCCAACACUAACACAACUUGGACUGCAGCCAAUACUUCUUGGAAUUCCAGCUGGCUACUUUUAAAAAAUCUUAAUGCGCAGAUUGAUGGCUCUACCCUACGUACCUUGUGCAUGCAACAUGGCCCUCUUAUCAGUUUUCAUCAAUAUUUGAACCAAGGAGUUGCCUUAUGUAAAUAUACAACACGGGAAGAGGCCAAUAAAGCGCAAAUGGCAUUGAAUAACUGUGUGCUCGGCAACACAACAAUAUAUGCGGAGUCACCAGGCGAUAAUGAAGUUCAGAAUAUAUUACAGCAUUUGCCGCCACAGGCUCCGUCCUCGACAAAUUCGACAAUUACAUCAAACGGUAGCGGAAUUUCUGCCAGUAACAGCAGCGUUGGCUCUGGUACAAACUCAAACUCCGCCACAAGUAGUACCAGCAGCAGCAGCAAUGCAUCCAACACUGCAAGCAAUUCCAAUUCUGCUAACGGCACUGUGGUUUCUAUUGCAAGUCCACCUGCAGUCGUCGGAGCGGUUGCAUCGUCAGCAGCAUCUAUUAGCAACAGUAACAGCAGUAACAUUAAUAAUGUAAAUUCUACUUCUGUUAAUGGGACGGUUAACAACGGCAACAAUUCUGCGACCAAAAAUUCUUCUAGUGGAGGCAACAAUCCAACAAUGGCAUCAGGACACGCAAAUGUUUCUACUGUCUCUGCAGCUGGCAACAAUUCAACUUGGCGACAGGCACCUCCGACUCAAAAUCAAGCUCUACAACAGGGUGUAAAUAGACCCCCCGGUAGGGAAGCUGACUACGAUUAUAUAUCUCAAUUUGUUUGUUCCAUUGUUGAUGAUUAAUUAUGUGCAGAAAAUCGAGACUCAAAAACCAUAGAUUUUAACGAAAAAAAAAAAAGAAAAAUCACACACACUCACCUAACAAAUCUUGAUUUAAAAAAGA